AUGCACCAGCGUAGCUGUCAAGUCUUACAUGGGCUAAACAACGAGUUGUGCGCAGAUCUUGAGGAGCAAAUUGCAGAUAACCCUGAGAAUAUCAUAACGGACGACCACCCACCCACAACACAGUCAACUUUAGACAGUGAAGAAAUUACUCCUGAUCUAAAGAAAGGCAUAAAUCUUCCGAAGAAGGACUCUGAAUGGGAAACGGCCAACGAUUAUUUUAAAUUUGCAAUCCCUUUUAAUGGACCAAUCAUAUCGCAAGAUUUCAAUUCAAGUAUAAGACAUUUAAAUGAUACUAUAUAUAAUUACUUUAUUGAUAAUUUUGGAAAUGUUGAGACGGCCACCGACGAGAAACUCGUAGCAAAGUAUAAAGAUCAUUCUAUAAAGGAUCUAAAGAAGGCUUUAAGCAAUUUAAAGUCCACAAAUUCGGAGGUAGCCGAAAUAAAAUAUGUGUCUCGUAUUCUGCGCAAUAAACUUCGUAACCAUGGUGGCAUUCAGACAAACUCCAACCGAGACAACUCGUUUAAUCACGACAAAUACAUGGAAAGAAAUUUUUGGGGUUAUGUUAAAAACGUUUUAAAUAAGGAAGAUGCUGUGUUCCCAUCCUUCAGCAUGACAGAAUGUGCGGCUUAUUUUACUAAAACUUUAGCUGCAGUUCACCCUGGCAAACUGUUUCAUAUUCCAAGCUGGAUUCCUAGGUUAUCUGAUCCGCAAGUGGAAUUUGACCUUGACCCGCCUCCAUACCAACAAGUUACUGCUGUUAUCCGUAAAAUGAAAGCAUCUGGUUCUCCUUGUCCUCUCGAUCAAAUAUCAGUCAUAUGCUUUAAGCGAUGUCCUUACCUAAGAACUUAUUUAACUGAACUAAUACGCGCUGUCUGGCUUUCAGGAUCUAUCCCGAGUGAACAGUGGCGUAGCCAGACCUUCAUUUUUUUUUUUUGGGGGGGGGGGCGAAGCGAACGCCGAAGGCGCGAAACAGGGCCGUCCGAAAAAAAUUUUCCCGGAACAAUUUAUUUUUCGCGACCUCCCCCCCAAAAAAAUUUCGGUCAGUGUACCAUUUUAGGGGUCCAAAAUUUUUUCCGGACAUCCCAAUGUCAUUGUGAUCAGAAAUAUCGCAUUUAAAUCAUUCUAGGUUCUAUGAGACAGCAUUUCCGCAUUCUCAAAAUUGCGUUGCUUUUUCAUACGAUACAGAAUAAGCCUUACAAGAAUAUUCAUGCGAUGAUAAUGCAUACACGUAAAUCUAAACUAAAUCUUGGAACCAUAUCUAAAACUGCUUUAAUUAACGAGAUUUUACAAAUCAAGUUCCUCCAGUAUAUCCUCGUUUUCCUCAGUCGCGCGACGUACUUAAUCAGUUUCAGCUUCGGGAAUGUAACGUGUACCCCCCCCCACAUUUCUCUACGGAUUUAGCCUUUUUCAGAGAAUGGGUUUUUUUGCGAUUGGGGGGGCCGUCGCCCCCCCUUGGCUACGCCCCUGCGAGUGAAUGGAAAAGAGCUUGCACUAUACUUAUUCAUAAGAAAGGCAACACGGCUUAAAGUAUUUACAUCAUGUCUGCGUAACGCAAUGUACUCCUUUCUCACCGCCAAUAACUUUAUAGAACAUAACAUACAAAAAGGCUUCACCCCAAAUCUGUCUGGUACUAUGGAACAUACUGCGCAAAUGGCUAAUAUAAUAAACAAAGCUCGUAUAAAACAACGUUCACUUGUCAUCACACUACUUGACCUCAAAAACCCUUUUGGAGAAGUUCAUCACAACUUAAUCCAAUCUGUCCUUGGCUAUCAUCACAUCCCUAAUCACAUGAAUAAUUUAAUAAAAAGCUUAUACACUGAUUUUAAAACUUCCGUAAUUACGUCUCAGUUCCGUACCCAUUUUAUACCUGUUGGCCGUGGUGUAUUGCUUAGUCCUCUACUAUUUAAUAUGUGUUUCAACACAUAUAUUCAGCAUAUCAAAGCUGAAAAGUAUCGUCAGUUCGGUUUCUCCCUCCAACUUCUUAAUCCAAUCCACUGGUUUCAGUUUGCCGAUGAUGCUGCGGUUAUUACCAGUCAAGAGUCGGAAAAUCAACAUCUCCUUAAUCGAUUCUCUAUCUGGUGUCAAUGGUCCAACAUGGUUGUUAGAGUUGAUAAAUGUAGCACAUUUGGCAUCAAAAAAGUUUUAUCAAAAUCUGCCCAGUACCUGCCGAAGCUUUUGAUAAAUAAGGAUCUCAUACCAACGAUUAAGACUGGAGAAUCAUUUGAGUAUUUGGGACGACAUUUCGACUUUAACAUGACUAAUGAAAAACAUAAAUCUGAAGUGAUUUCCCUCAUUGAUGAACUAAUGUCCGAAAUAGAUCUUAAACCUCUUCACCCAAAAAACAAAAUUUUACUUUACAGUCGUUAUAUUUUGUCGAAGCUAUCCUGGCAUUUUACUGUUGCUACGAUAUCUAAAACUUGGGUAGUCGAAAAUAUCGAUUUUUCGGUGAACAAGUACAUCCAAAAAUGGCUGGAAGUACCUAUAUCUGGAACACUAAGUAACGUUUUUCUAACCCGUAAUAAGUUUGGUCUAAAUAUCCUCCCUGCAUCAGUCAAAUUCAUUCAGUGUCAAACAAUUCUACGCAAUGCCCUGAAAACAUCUCCAAACUAUUCAAUAAACGAACUGUGGAAGUCAACUAAUAAUCAUACUAACAUUCAAUACGAUAGCUACAACUCAACUAAAGAAGUUUUAAAAACUUUCCAUUCUCAACAAGAAAAUAAACUUAGGAACCGUUUGAAAUGUCAAGGUUCCUUUUUCGAAAAUGUUUCUAAAUUCUCGCUAUCACAACUUAACGCAAUCUGGUCGAUAUCGCAAUCAAAGCUACCAAAGAACAUUUUUAACUUUACAAUUCGCUAUAUAAAUAAUACCCUGCCUACCCGAAAGAACCUCAGUAGAUGGGGAAUUUCAUCAAGUUCUGACUGCUCGUUCUGCUUACACCCUGAAUCACUUCUACACGUUGUUGCCGGUUGUCAACAUUACUUGGAACGAUUUACUUGGAGACACAAUUGCAUACUAAACUUUCUUGCAAAAACUUUUCAAAAUUUAAACGAAUGCAAAUUACAUGUUGAUCUUCCUGGAUUUGAAAGCCCCUCGAUUAUUACGGGAGAUGAAUAUCGUCCUGAUUUACUUGUCUCCACUUCAGACAAACACCUCUACGUCGUUGAACUUACCGUAGGCUUUGAAUCAAACCUCACAAACAAUGUUAACCGCAAGAAAGCUAAAUAUAAAAACCUAAUUAGAGAACUGGAUCAAAACUUUACAUCUGUUAAAUUUAUAAAUCUUUCUGUCAGUUCGCUAGGGGUGUUUGACAAAGAAUGUCAUACAUUCGUAAAAAUGCUAAAUGAGUUAGGACUGGAUAAUCAACACCAACAAUAUUGUAUCAGAAAAAUUAUAUCUAUUGCCAUCCGAUCAACGUACUACAUAUUUUGCUGUAGAAAUAAAGAAUGGACAAAUCCCGAACUAAUGGACAUUUAA